AUGUCGCACCUGCCUCAGGGAAACCUUCUUCCGCUCAUCCGCGCUGGCGACAUCGUCUCCAUCUGGCAUGACGUCAUCCUCUUCGCCUCCCCAGGCGCGAGUAACUCUCCGCGGCGCGCCUCGCCGCGCGCCGUCUCCGCUUCUGCAGCGCGGGGCAAGCCAGCGACUAUUCCCCUCCUCAACUUCAUCUGCACUUCUUCCAAGUCUAGUUCGUUCGCCGCGUCGCUCGCCGGUCGCCGUUGCCGUCUAGCGCUUGACGGCGCCGUCAAAGUCGACGACUCGGAGCAGCGGCCGUGGAACCUCGGGAUUAUCCCGCAGACGUGCGUCCUCGGGCCGUCCCCCGUCUCGCAGGAGUCCUCCGCAACCUCCGCCACCGCGCUUCCCGACGUCGACCUUUAUGAUCCACUCGACUCCUCUGCCGCCGAUCCCAGCGACCCGUUCAGCCGUUCCGAUGAUUGCGGCGAGUUUCCCGUGAUUCUGGACAACGCGCCGUUAGAGACGGUGGAGGUGGGCGCAAAGGAGCGCGACCCGGGCGACGUGUUCCCCGUGCUGCCGCUCCUCGCGCUCCCCGUGCGCCUGCGGUCCGGCCUGGGGACGGAAGUUUCGUGGAAGCUGGUCGUUGUGGCGGCGGAUGAUCCGCUCGUUCUGGCCAAUCAGGUGGCGACUAUAGUGGAGACGAUUUUACCGAGAGUUAAAGGCUGGGCCGCGGGAGGGUUCGGGGGUUUCACGGGAGGAUCAGGGGGAGUCGCUUCCGACCAUUGGUGGAUCCCCGAAUCUCCGCGGCGCGAAUCGGACGACUGGGAGGAAGCUGCGCGGAAGGCGCAGGGCGUGGUUCUCGAGGCGCAUAGCAUAUGGAAGCUGCUGGUUCCUUCGCUCCGCCGCCCCACGCUGCAGCGACGGCAGCGCGUGAGCGAGCGCACGGUGGAUGGCUGGCGGGAUAAGCGCGGGGCGGGGGACGACGACGAGAGCAACCUCUUGAAGCUCAUCGCACGACCCGGCGCUAGCGGUGGGCUUGGCGGGUUUGGCGGGGGGAAGUCCCGCGGCGGCGGCGGAAACGGGAGGGAAGGGAGCGGAGCGGUGGCUGGGGCAAAGGGAGGGCUCAGCAGGGGGAGAUGUUCCGCCGCCGCUGCUGCGGCGGCUGUUGCGGCAGCUGAAGGGCGCUCGGCGCGCAACGAGAGUGAUAUGGGAGGCGGGGAGUGGGAGGAGGAGGAGGGGCGAGACGAGGGAACGAGACAUCUGAGUCGGACGGCGGGCGGGGAGCAUUCGCGUGGCAGCGGCGGUGGAAACAACGGCGGCAGGAGCAGCGCGGAAAGCAACAGCAGCGGCUCUGCAGGUGGGAAGCGCAGAGGCGUGCUGCCGCAGAUUUCGCCGCGCUCCUUGUCGAUGACAACCGUCGCGGCUGCGCGCGCGCUCGUGAAAACCGCCACGUGGAGCAGGGCGUCUAGUCUUAACGGGUUUAGAAAGUCCGGUCUUGCGGAUGAGCUUGGCGAAAUUGACGACUCUAGCGAUUUGGGUGAGGUCGUGAAGGGCAAAACCGACGCGCAUCGUAUGUGGAACAGUGGACGGUUGGGAAUGUCGUUUGGCAGCAAGUCAGGUGAUACCUCCACCAGACCCACCUCCUCCAAAGCAACCACCCCCACCUGGGGAGGCUUGGGCUCCGGCUUUUAUAGCGGGCCGGUGUUUGGUAGGUUGAGUAAAAGCCGGACCAUUAAAGAAAGAGACGGGCAGCCGAUCGCAACUUCACCAAGCGGGGCUUGGCAGGGGAAUGAGGGCAGUGGAGAUGGUGGUGAGGGAGAUUAUGGUGGUGCAGGUGGUAACUGUUUUCAUAUCGGUGACGGGAGCGGUUACGGCAUUACCAGCGGUGGUGGAGAGCGGGUGCGGAGUGGGGCACGGGGUGCGUUCAGCAGGAGCAACACGGCAUCAAGCACAUACAGCUUCGUGAGCAUGGGGAGUAUGGCCAGCAGCCACAGUAGCCGCUGCAGCAAAAGCCCUGCUGCCACUCCAGACCUUCCUGCUGCUACUGCUGGGUAUCACGGUGCGGGCAAGAGUCACGGAGUCGACAGACUAGUGCUCGAUGGGCGGAGAGGGGAAACAGAUGCGACGGCUCGUGCAGGAGAAACAGACGGCGGAUGCCGCCCAUUCACCCCGCCUAUGGGCCGGUCAAAGACCGAACCGAGAAACCGUGGUUCAGGGCGAUCGGGGCAGGGGCGACCGCGCAGGGUCCUGUCACCCACUGAUGCACACGAUGCUGCUGCCUCUGCUCACAACAAUCACCACAAUCACGACAAUUACGAUCAUGACUCAGAUGAGGAUGAUUCAGACGAUGACGACAACUUUGCAUUCUCUCAGCCCACUGCACCCUAUGGCCUGAUCCCCACACCUCACAGCCUCACCCCAACACCGGGCGCCACUAGGCGAAUGUCGGAGUCUCACUCCCCUCUGCCCAGCCCGCCCGUGCUAAAUCGCCGCUGGUCCCUGGCCUCCAGGACUGGCCCCACAGGGGAAGGAGGGGCGGGGCACCGUGGCCGGAACGUGUUUGUUGCCUCUGUUGGGGAUGGGGGUAUGGAGGUGGAUGGUCGGCGGGGCAGUCGGGGACGGGAUGGUGGGCCGGAGGCAGCAGAGAGGGCGGCAGAGGAGUGCAGUGAUGACUGCUCCAGCCAGGCGAGCUCUAGCCAUGCUAGUGUUGAGCAUGCCAACAGCCACUACGGACAGCAACUGCGGGAACGGAGAAUGCUGCCCAAAUUACCCACACUACCCAAGUCACCCUCUCUGCCUAAAUCACCCGCACUGCCCAAGUCACCUGCUCUACCCAAGUCAUCUACAAUGCCCAGGUCACCCUCCCUGCUCAAGUCACCCGCACACCCCAAAUCAUCCACACUGCCCAAGUCACCCUCCCUGCCCAAGUCACCUUAUGCAGGAAAGAGUGGGUUGCGAGGGGGGGUCCGCAUGGAACGACCACAUCCUCCUGAGAGCAACCCCGUGAGGGCAUGUGAGAGCAGUGUAGGAGGGAGCAGCAUGGGUGUUCCUUCUGAGGUGCCGCAAACCAGAGGAGGCACCAGGAGGGGUGUGCGGGGCAAGCAGCGGGGGCAGCAGCAGCUGGUUCCAGAAUGCGUUUCCACCGAGUCGGAAGUUCCUAUGAGAUCAAUGAGCCCUGGCAGUAACAUGCUCGCCAGAAGUGUGUCGUACGAUCAGCCAUCGCCGCAGGUAGCAGCGAUGAUUGCUGCUGAAGCGCCGUUGCCGGAGCCACCAGGCCGACGAUUUGCUGACCUCCCCCACGUGGCGGCUGCGUGCCGUCGCUGGUGCCCGCUCGCCCUGGACCCCUCGCUGUGCUGCGCUGCCUUCUGCCGCUCCCACCGCCUGCUCUCCCUGCGUCUCCCCUCCUCCGCUGCGCGCUCCCAACCCCCUCCCCUCCCCUCGUCCCCGACUCCUCGCACCGCCCGCCGUGGCCCCCCCUCCCUCCUCUCGCUCCUCGCGUCACCCGAGUUCGCCCUCUCGCACCCCAUUGGCCGCACUGACUCCAUUGCCAGCCUGGCAGUGCGCUUCCACGUGCAGGCCAUGGACAUCCGGCGUCUCAACAACAUCAUGAGUGAUCAUGCCAUCCACACGCGCACGCGCCUCCUCAUCCCCAUCCCCCCCUCGCGCCGCCCGGCUGAGCUGGCGGGGCGGCAUUGCGCCAUCCAGUUUGAUUCGCACGCGCGGCGGGAGGUGCUGCUGGUGUUCCAGGAGGGGGAGGAGGCGGAGAUCCGGCAGGCGUAUGGAGAAGCACGAAAUGCCAGACCCUCGGCAGCACAUGGCACUGCGCAGGUGGUUUCUCUGUUGCAAAGAGCCCUUCAGGUGGACGAGCCAACAGCGCAGUACUACCUGGGCGAGGCGGGCAGCGAUGUGCGGGCGGCAGUGGCACUGUUCAUGGAGGACCAGCAGUGGGAGCGGGCGCAGGCACAGGCAGGGGAGAGGAGGAAGAGCCUUGUGAUUGGCUGCAGGAGGGGGAGAGCUGAUAGGUUGUAA